AUGAAUAAAUGUAGAUUAGAAAAUCUGUUCCUUAGAAAUGUAUUGUUUUAUCUCCCAAAUUUAUAUGAAAUAAUGAAAUUUGAAAGUGUAUCAAAAUCAUGUCAAAUAGCAAUUGUUUCAGUAUAUAUUCAUCCAUAUCAAUUAACCAAGAAAUAUCCAUUUCAAACAAUUAUUAAAAUAUUUCCAAAAUUACAAACAAUUUAUUUUAAUCAACCACAUGUAAUACCAAAAAGAGUUGAAUUAAAAAAUAUUGAUAACUUUGAAAUUGAAUGUUGGAACGAACACUUAGGAUUUGGUAUAUUUUCAAAAAAAUGGUUUGGAAAUAAAGUAAGAUCUAUUCAUGUUAAUAAAAUGAUUGCAAAUAUUAUUUCAUUAUCAAAUAUUAAUUAUACUAAAUUACAAAAAGUUAUUGUUGAUAGUUCAGUUACCGUUGAAUUAAUUCAUUCAAUUAUUAACAUUGAAUCAGUUCAACGAAUAAUUUGUUAUUUAAAUGAUGAAAGUUCAUUUGAAUUAUUAUGUGGUAUUGUUCAAACAAAUAAUGAAGAAAGAAAAAAAACAUGUCAUUCAGUUAUAUCAAUUUCAAUUGUAUUUCAUUCAAUAUGUAAUGAAAAUAUUAUAGGAUCUUUAUUAAAUAAAAAACCUACAAACAUGUCAAUUGCAUUAUUUGGUAAAAAGUUAUGGAAUGAUUUAUCACAACAUAUUAUUUGUUUUCCUUCACAAAAUAUAUGUCGUUAUAGAAUAAGUCCAACACCAGUUGAAAUUUAUGAUUCUGUUCAAUUUAAAUUAAUUGAUCCUGUUAUUAAUCAUAUCAUUACAGAAAAUAUUUCACGAGCAGAAAUAUUAUUUAGUAAUAAAACAAGACAAAGAAAAAAUGAUUUCUCUAACUUAAUUAAUUUAAAAACAUUAAUUAUUGAUUUAGCAACAUCGGAUAUUAUACUUCCAACAUCUUUAAUUCAACUCUCAUUGUCAAGGUGUAAAUGUUUUAUUCAAUUUGGUUCAUCUCAAUUAACUCGAUUUAUUUUAGAUAAUUGUGAAUGUAAAGGAACUCUUGACAUAUCAUGUAUUACAACUUUAAAAGUUCUUAAUGAUAAAAGUCAUUUUAAUUUUAUUAAAAAUGAGACAAAUUAUAAACGAGAACUACCUAUUGAUCUCACUACUCUUAUUAGUCUUCAUCUUCCUGAUAGAUGGUUUGUAUCAAGAAAAGUAGUUUUACAAAUAAAUAAUAUUUCAAUUUGUUAUCCAACAUUUGUAAUAAUACAAAUAGAAAAAGGAGAAAUGAGUUUUAGAGGUAUUGGAAGAGAGCCAAUAACUAUUCAUAUGGAAAAAUUUAAUUUUUAUAAUUUAAAUCUAAAAGAAACAAUAAAUAUUAAAGAAUUUAUUGUUGGUGAUAUUACAGGAACACUAAUUAUUAAUCGAGAAAAUAAGAAUUGUAAUUUUAUAUGCAGGUAUGUGCAUUAUUAUGAAGGAGAACAUCAUUUAAAGUCUUUCCAUUAUGAGAAAACUGAUGAAAGAAAUGUAAUUUAA